UUGUUUCGAUUCCACUGCAUACUGACUGCGUUGCUCGCACUAGAGCUGUGUUAUACGGUCCCGAGAAGAAUCGCCAUUACAAAGGAACGACUCUUUGUAACCACGGAAUAAUGUUUUAUAAUACCUGCGACUUGUGAACGUGAUUAGGAUUAUCUGAAUGUUUAGUUUUGUUUUGAGUUAUACGGACAGCAAUAAAAAUGGAUUCGGAGUACGAUCGCAAGUUCGAGGAGAUGAAGAAAUAUGUUCCAUUUUUAGAGAGUAUGAUAAAAAAACUGGAGAGCACCAGUUCAGGAUCAUUAAACCCUCGGCAGGCGCAACUCGACAAAAUCAAAUCACUGCGGGAUCUGCUUCUGGACAGGAAGAAAAGAAUGAAAAUGGACAAUUUACUGAAAUGCGAACAAGUGCUCAUCAACUUGUACGCUAAAGUAGAACAGAGAGACUCUAUGUCCAAUAAGGAGACGGCAGAGUUUAAGCCAAAAGAAAACGCGGAGUUAGAAAUCGUCCGAAAUAAAUUAAAAACUGUGGCAAAACGAAAGGAGGACGAUUCAUUGCCCGAAAUAGCUGGUGCGAAUGAGAUUCCAGAAACCAGUAUGGCUGGCAGUAAGGAACCAGCCUUAUUCCAAAGGAGACCCAAUAAAAAUUCUCUUUCUCAAGAAACGUCAUCAAAACGUAAUUAUACUCGAAUUUUGGUUUCUCCUGAACCCAAUACACCGCGUUGGGCCAACCUUGAAACUGCAGAAAGGGCUCUUUUUAGCAGACGAUCACCUCGAAAAUCGCCCCAGUGCCAUUCACCAACAUAUAAAAGAGAAAGAAAAAAAUCGUCUAAGUCAUCACGUAAACAACAAGAUUUGAACAUUACGUUAAAAGUACCAGAGGAAAGUUUAAAUUCCUUAAAUACAACAGAUAUUCUUUCUAGAAUUAUAAAUUGCAGCGAUGGAGAUGUCGACAUUGACACUUUAAGAGUACUAAGAACACAAAUACUAGGCGAAUUGAAACAUACCGGAGCAACAGAAGAUAUUUCUGAUUUAAUACUUAAAACUAGUUCUAAGAAAAAGAAACCGAAAGAGAAAGCGGAGGUAGAGGAAGGAGAGCUUUCUGACAGUGAAAGUGAAGCCAUUGAAAAUAUAUAUGGUAGUCUUGUUAUAUUAGAUAAAGACCAGAAAACACCUGGGCAAGUUAAAACAAACAAUGAAGAUAAAAAUCCGCGUAAAAUACAAAUUCGUCUUGUAAUAAACUCGGACAAAGAUACUAAAACUGAUAGGGAUAAAGACCCAUCAGGAGAAACUAUGAAUAAGAAUGAAUUUGAUAAUUUCGAUUUUGAAACGUAUCAAGGAGAUAAACUUGUAGAGUUUGAUACAAAUGAUUGUGUAAAAGAGGACACGUCAAUACCUUCUAAAAAUAAAUGUGACCCUAUUCAUAUUACUACUAAGAACACUGAGUCCACUGAUAUUGAUGAGAAAAAUAUAGAUGAGACUUCUGCAAAAAAUAUGAAUAAAAAUACUGAAACUGAUUUAGUUUUUGUAUCAAAGGAUGAGUUAAAUGUGGAGAAAACACAAGAUACUAUAUUCAAACCUAAUUUUUAUAAACCAUUAGUACAACUAGAUCCUAUUGCAACUAAUAAAUCUGUUGAAGAUAAAAGCGGCAAGAGUGUGCUGUCACAAACAGAAAAGAAAGAUGACAUGCUAGAGGCUGUUGCAGAGAAGGUAGACGAUAAUACAGAGAUAUUGAAUACAAAGGAAAAAGAUGUAGAGAUACCAUUACUGAAUGAACAAAGUGUAGUUUCGCAACAACCAAAAGAAAGCGUAGUUUCAGAAAUAGACAUUUUACAAGCUUUGAAAAAUGAAAUAUUAAGUGAAAAUAUAGCUAUUCCUGGAACUGAUGCUUCAACACCUCCUUUACAUCAACCUAAGGUUACUAAAGUAGCUAGCGCUCAAGAAAUUCUUCCUAAAAAAAGGAUAUCUAUAGAAAAUUACAAAAAAAAAACGAGUAGUGCUGCGUCUACAUUAUUUCCUUCAAAAGAAAUUACAUCCUCGUCUAUUAAUGAUGAACAUAACAAAAAACAAAGCCUUAAGCUUACAGAAAAGGAGUUCGAAAGAUUUAAAUCAAUACUAAAUGACAUCGUAAGCUCAGAUGAUGACAAUGCUAAUGGUUCAAUUGCUUCUGUAGAUGAUAUUUACAGUGAUCUGGCACCUAAAUCUCCGGAUGACGAUAAUAGUGCUAGUAUUGGAAAUAAUGCUCCCAUUAUAAUACCCAUAGAUCCUAUAAAAACGGCGGAAAUAAAUUCUAAAGCCGAUAUUGAUAUGAGAAAAAGUAAUACAAUACCCUCCCCGCAUUGUAGUACUGGAAUUCCAUUAGGUAAUACGACACCAUCUGUUACUGAUACAUUGCAGUCUAGAGAUGACGGAAACCUGGAUAAAAGCAAUUCCGAAAAAAUGAGAACCAUUGCAGAUCCUCGUGUAAAAAAAGUAUCCGACAGUAGCGUUAAAGAAAACGGUAAUCAAUAUUCACUGACUCCCGAUAGGACACAAAAACCACUACAGUCUGUUAAUUUUCCUAUCAUGACGCCAACAGUGGCUCCAAGUAUUAUUCCAAAUGUAACUACGAAUAUGAAUCCGAGUAUGACACCAAGUAGGACUCCCAAUAUGACACCCAGACCAUAUGAUAUGAUGCAUCAGUCAUUCGAAAUAGAGGACCAACCAAAACGAAAACAUGUAUACGCAUCACUGUAUGAUCCACGUGACUAUAGAGAUCAGUCCGUAAAUCGUGAUGCUAUAGAUUCUCAUUGGGAAAAACAGGAGAAUUCUACUGAAAUUCGAAAAAACAAAUGGGAUACACCGGAGACGAAGGAUUCUAGGAAAUGGGAUGAGUGUUCAAGAAGCAGUUCUUUACAAAGAGACUCACAGGACUUCCAAAAAUACAAAAGGUACAAUGAUCCAUAUCAUUACAAUAAGUAUAAAAAUUCAAGACGUGACAGAUAUAGUUUUGACAAAAGAAAUGAACGUUAUGGUAAAAUGGAUCCAUCUACAUCUAGUCAUCAUUAUAGUAGAUCUGAGUGUCCGUCAACACCCUCUCAUUCCUUCGGCAGAUCUGAUUGCCCACCUACACCUAGUCAUCCAUUUGGCAGAUCCGAUUGCCCACCAACACCUAGCCAUCCGUUUGGCAGAUCCGAUUGCCCACCUACACCUAGUCAUCCAUUUGGGAGAUCCGAGUGUCCAUCAACACCCAGCCAUCCUUUUGGUAGAUCUGAUUAUCCGCCAUCUGGAAAUAAUUCAUUUGGCAGAUCUGAGUAUCCCCUUACACCUAAUCAUCCUUUUGGUAGGUCUGAAUGUCCACCAACGCCUAGUCAUGCAUUUGGUAGGUCUGAAUGCCCUCCAACGCCUAUCAAUACAUUUGGAAGAUGUGAAUUAAGUUCAGAUUUGCCUGUGACACCCAAUCAUCCAUUUGGUCGAUUAGACCGAGACCCUAGACUCAAAAGAAAUUCAGAAUUUGAAUCUAACAUUGCAGCUGAUGAUAAAGAUCGUGGUCACUUCAGAAGUCGAAAUAUGCAAUUUGGUUUCUACAGUAAGUCGUAUAAAAACACCGACAAUUAUAGAAAUUAUAAAGGUGAUGGGAGAAAUGAAAGACAUAGAUAUUAUUCUUAUGAACAAAAUGAAUGUCAUUAUUACAAAGAUUCAACUUUACAGGAACAAUAUUGUAAAGAUCGUAGGUCUACCGGUAAUGAUUACCACGAAAAGGAGAAAAUAAGAAAUCGAGAACGAAGUGUUGGGCGUAGUAUACCCUCUGAAGGGACGAUCGUAAGAACAUCACGAGAACAUAGUGUAGGAAGAAGUUUUGAAGUAACGGAUACUGAUAAUACAUUGUCUGUUAAAUCACAUGCCGGUCGUUCCUUUACUAUUGACACCAGAGUCGAUAGAACAUUUCAAGGAAUUAACGAUAAUGAAGACUCAACUGAACGUACUUUUGAUGUCAGACGACAAAGAGCUGCAAGUGUAGGUCGAUCAUUUUCUUCCGUUCGUGACACGAAUAUUGGAAGGACCUUGUCUCAUUCUUUUAAAUCAAAUGAUUCACAUGUGGAUGGAAAUAUAAAAAGAAAUUUCAGACGAGCACUUAGUGUUGUACGUAGUACUGACGAAUCUAACAUGAAUAAAAGCUUCAAAGAAAUCAAGGCAGAUUUGAAGUCUUAUAAAUUAGAAAACAAUAAAUAUGAAAGACAUUCUCUUACCCUUGAUAAUAUUCACUCAAAAGGAGACAAUAAAAUUAUUACUGGAGACAAAGAGAGUAAAAAUGCCAAUAGUUAUCCUAAAGUGUCAUACUCGCCUCGGAAAAAUAACAGAGAUCCAAGAUUACAACGCGAAUUACUUUCAGACAAAAGUAAGUACAAAUACAGCAAAACUAAGACAGAUUAUGACAGGAAAAAACAUGGUAUUGUAUAUUCGCAUGACAAUAUAGCUAGUGGAUCUAUAUUAGGUUCGGGUUACGGCGUUAAAAAUUAUAAAAUUCCCAAAAUAAAACGUGUAACUGAAAUCGAACCUACAAAAGAACUACCUGAUGAUUCUAAAAAAAUCGAAAAACAGACGGACAAUAAAUUAGAUGAUAAUUUGAAGAAAGAUGUUAAGCAAAAUAAAAGGAAUGAUGUAGUGUCCAAGAAAAUGCCUAAAGAUUUGAAAGAACCCAAACUUAAAGAAACGGAAAAAAAGUCUGCUGCGAAUUCUCAAGUGAAUACGGCAACCCCAAUGGAAUGUACCGAAAAAAGGAUCACAAGAUCUAAUAAGAAAGCUGAAAGUGAAAUAUCGUCGGGACAAGAAAGUAUUACAAAAACGAAGAGACGAAUUCGUGUUUAUAAUUCUGACUCGGAUGACAAUUCUAAACUUAGUGAUACGAAAUGUAAACAUUCGAAUAACGAAAAUGAAUCCAACAAACAGCAAUCUGUUGUGGAUAGACAAUCACCAAAUGAACAAGACUUAGAUUCUAGUUUCGGUGUAGAUGAUUUAGAAAUGUUUUCAGACAAUAUUGUAGAUCCUGUACUUGAGAACAUUAAUGCUUUGAUAGCUGACUUAGACCAUGAUAUAAACACUCCUAAAGAUAAUGCUAAUAACAAUUUGAAUAAUGAAAUUAGUAUUGACAAUAUGUUUGAAAAUAUUACAAGUGAAGUAAUAGAUAGUUCCAAUAAACAAAGUGCGGACGAUAUAUCUUUAAGUGAUAUCACGGAAAUAAUAAAAAAUGACUCCCGGGAAGAUCAGAAUUUGCAACACAAUGCUGCUAACUUAACGAAAUCUUUAGGUAAUGACAUAAUUUCACAAAAAUCCCUCCUUGGUCCUAAUGAGGGAGAAACUUCAACAAAACCUCUUGAAAAUUCUUCCUUACAAGAUAACUGCGAAAAUCACCCUGUAACAUUAUUUCCGCCUAAAGAGGGUAACGAAAAUUUAGUUUCCACAACGGAUAUUGAUUCCAAUACCAAAGACCAAAACCUUAGUCUUACAACGAAUGAAAAAAGUGAAGUCAGUAUUGUAGAUGAAGAUAAUAGUAGAAAUAGCCGCCAUUGUUCUGUACCCGAUAGCACGAAUAAUGUAGUUGUAACAAACAAUUCUAUUGUAGACGAGGAUUUACCAGAUAGCACUAAUGAUAACGAUUUAAAAAGCGAAAUUAAUUCUGAUAUUACCUCCAGCCAUGAUACAAUUGAGAUAAUAAAAUCUCCUAUAGAACAAAGCUCUUCAAACAAAAAUGUAACACAUGCAGUCGAUUCUAUAGACAGCAUAUUAUCGAUAUUGCAAAAUAAAUCUAAAAUAAAGGAGUUAUUGAGUAAGUUGGUAGAUCAAACUAGUGAUAAUGAAAAAAUUAAAAAGAAACUUGAAAAACUAAGUGAAAUUGUUUCUGACGAUGAAGACACUAAAGACGACACUGAUCAAAACAUUACUGAUAAGAUAUUGAAUACAGAGUCCUCUGACCAAAAUGAUGCAAACAGCGAAAUUGAAAAUGUCAAUUUAAGCAAAGAAUCAAUUGGUACAAAUGCAAAAGACGAUUUAAGCAAAGAAUCAAUUUGUGCAAAUGAAAAUGACGAUUCAAGGAAAGAAACAAUUAAUGCAAAUGAUAAUAAAAUAUCUGACGACAAUAAGUUAACAAAAGAUGAUAAUGACACAAAACAGGUAGCACCUGAAGUAUCUUUGAACAAUGAAUUACAUAAUACGACAACUGACAGCGAAGUAGUAAAUAAUAAUCUUAAUAAAAAAGUUCCUAUUAAAAAAGGUAAGGUAGUAAAAAGAACUAAAAUUGGAAAAAAUCGAAAAAAAACCUUAGCGGAAGGAAAACGCGUAACCAGAUCUGAAUCUGCUAAUAUACAAAAACCGAAGAAUAAAGUAUCAAGAGAAUUACUGCAAUUGCAGGAAGAUAUUAAAGAAAUGUUUAUAAGUGAAGAUAUUUUGAAUGCUACCGGAAUUAGAAUGUGCCGCUUAGCAAAACUUGUGGAUGAAAAAAUUGUUAGUCACAAGGAAAAUGUAAGUACGGCCGAUAACGAACCAGUUGUGGUAUUAGAGAAAUUUAAAAAUACUCAAUCGAAUCAAGAUGUACCCCUUUUGGAGAGCAAAACUGGUAAAACUAUAAAAAGAAAUCCUGGACCUAAAUUCAAAGUGCGAGCUCAAAAUGAUAGCUCUGUUAGUGUACAAACAAAUAUUGACAAGUUAAAACUCAAAUAUAAACCGGGUCCAAAGUCAAAAACAAAAGUUGUUAAAAAUCACGAUGUAGAUCCCUAUGAAUUUGAAACUGAUUCGGUUGCCGAAUCGAGCGUUAGCAAAUUUAGCGAGAGUAGUUUGAAAGACAGUUCAGAUUCCGAGAACGAAUCUCUAGCAUCUUCUAAAAGUUACGAAAGCACAGAAGUGUCAACUGAAUUAAAAAAGAAAACGAAACGCAAAAGGCCUGGUUGGAAUGCUGGAAUUAUUAAACCAAAGAAUAAGAAACGAAAAUCAGACUCUUUAAAAAAUGUUGAUAUUUCACAAAAAUCUGAAAGUACUGAAAGAACAGAGCAAAUUGGAAUACCCGACAUGAACUGUUUUACUGAUAAAACCUAUUGUUUUCAAAAACAUGUUAACUCAUACUCUUGUCGAUUAUGUGUUUAUAGUGGUGACGACAUAGUAGCACAUUAUAAAAUACAACAUCCGCAUUCGGAGAUUCCUUUAUCUCGAUUGAAUCCAGAAACUGCAAAAGAGGCCAUUGAGCAAUGCGAAGAUAUUAAUUUCCAAGCUAUUAGUAAAAUACCUAUGAAUAAAUUUGUAUGCAGAUUUUGUUUUAAUAAAGAAUUUGGUAAAAAGAAAAACUCAUUAGAAUCAUUUUUCUGGCACGUCGUAAGCACACAUACUGGUGAAUAUAAACAACUGUGCUCAAAUUGUAUCAACAUUACCAAAUGUCCGUUUAAUUUGGAUAUACCUCCACCUCCGAAAGAUACAAAAGGUCAGCUUAUUGGUUAUAUAUGCGGUAAAUGUAAUUUCACUCAGAUAUCUCUAGAAAAUCUCAAGACUCAUGUUAUAGUUCGCCAUAAUGACGAACAGACGGAAGUUUAUACAAUAAACUUGGCAGUAAUGUCUAAGAAGAUGAUGAAUAUUUUUUCAAAACGUAGCAGUGCCUCUGAAAUAGAACAACCACGUCUGCUUAGAAGUACUCGAUGUAACCAAAAUAUGGCGGAAACGAGUGAUGAUCGCAGUGACAUCACUGAUACCAGUGAUGCAAUCGAAUCGAUGGAUAGCACACAACAAUCUACGAAAGAUACAACUAAAAAUAUAGAAGAAAUGCUACGUGAGUCCAAUUUUAAAUCCAAAAUCACCUUCGAAAAUGAUGAUAGUACUAGUGAAAUAUCAAAUAUGAAUACAGAUGAUACCUCAAAAUAUAUAGUAAAACAGGAAGAUGAUGACGAAGAAGUGCAGCAAGAAGAGAGACUUUCAGAUGAAGUGAUAAAUACAGAAAGCGAACUUGACUCUGAAAAUGUUGAAACUCCACAAAAACCGAUAAACAAUACCAUUUCAGACGACAUAUUUGCAUAUCCACAUUUCAGGAUCACCUAUACAGAAACCGGAAACAAAGAAUUUGUUUGUUGUAUAAACGGCAAUAAACACUAUACAACAACACUGCUGAUAUCUAUGAAAAAGCAUGUACAACUCAAACACAACGAGAAUUGGGACGGUUUUUGCUGCGUCUGUAAAGUGAUUGUAACACCUCAAGGGCAGCAUAAAUUUAAAGACUGUUUGCAACAUUUCCUUGAUAAGCAUAUGGAUGAUUUCCCAGUAUUGGAGAAGGUUGCACUUGAGCUGGAGGAACCUGCAGAGUCUACACCCGCUCCAAAACAAUACAUAAAUGUUCGUCCUUUAUCAGAAUUGAAAGAAAAGAUAACAUCAGAAGAAAUUCCGGUUGCAGCAGCUGUUUUGCCCAAAAUUGAGAGCGUUAUUAGUCUUAGCAGCGCCGAGUCAAGCCCCAGUUAUUCUGUAUCUUCUGCGAAGGAGAACAUGCCCGCCCCACUACUACAAUCACAAGACGAGCAGUAUAAUUAUGAAGAGGCACAAGCCGAGGUGAUGUCUAAGAAAUACCAUAUAGUCUUAGAAGCAAUGAUGGCACAAGAAAAGUUAGUGAACGUAUACAAAUGUCCUGGACGUUAUUGUUCCUUCACCACGGACUCUGCCGACGUGGCUUUGAUGCAUGCGAAGACGCACCAGCAAAUCGGUGGCGAGAAUGCAUUGAGAUGUGCAUAUUGCGAUUUUGAUUGUGGGGGUCACCCUAUAGAUUUAGUGGUGCACGUAUUCAAGCAUAGCGCCUGUUGUUUCGUUUGUGGGUAUUGUUUCUACAGAUCGGUAGCUAGUCAGCUGGUAAUUGCCCAUAUAAAUAGAGUACACACGGGCAAACCCUCACGUGUGCUGUGUGCCACUAACGCUUCACCGCCGUCUACUGAGAAUGCACCUGCCAUGCUACCCCGGGAAAUCGUCGUACCUUUCUACGUGUGUAAUCACGUGGAUAAGAACGGACGAUGCAAGUUCCGCUCUUAUACAUCGCGCAAAUUUAGUGACCACAUCCUGCAGCUACACGGCGAUGUAACCACUUUCAAAUGCGACAUUUGUUCAGAGCCGCAUGCGUCUGCAGCGGAGUUGAUCCAUCAUAUGAAGGAGCACAACUUCAACCUGUACCAGUGCACGUGGUGCCUGCACGGAGCAGACGGGGAGCCCGAGUUGCUGUCGCACGCUGCCACCCACCACCCGGCCCGCAUGCCGCAGGCCUAUCUCCGCAUCAUUACUUCCAAGGAAGGCACGUCGCAGUACCGAGUCUUGCCAUUAGCCUCUUUCCACAAGUCCAAAGUGAAAAUCAUUGAGGUCACACCAAACACCACUCAUGAGAACCCAGUCAGAGAGGCUGAGAGGUCCAUCGAACUUGAGAAGCUUAUUGGGUUCACUAACCAACUAACUUUAUCAGUGGGCACCACAGAGUCAGAACAAGACAAAGAAAUGCAGGAUAGCAACCCUACAUUUUCUGAUAACACACCUCAAAAUAUAGCAGAACAAGAACCAAUUCUGACUGAAAUAAAAGGAGUUGACCCUCCUUCAAUACACACGAGCCCAUUACGUACAUCCACGCCACAACCACAACCAGAUAUAAGUCGGCAGGAAACACCUGUGUUGAAAACGGAACCAGUAGAUCCAAUUACUCCGUCUAAGGAUCAGUCAGAUGAUAUUGUUUGCUUAGAUAGCGACGACGAGUCGUCUAGACUGACCAUCAUCGAUUUGUCUGAUGACGACGCUAUCCGCCCUAGUCUUCCGAAAACACCUGAAGAUGAUUAUAAGAAGAUUCCAGAAACUAUUUUAUUCAAAUGUCCUAAAUGCAAGCUAGUAUUUAAAAGCGCUGCUGGAUUAAAAAUACAUCUUAGUUCAUGUUAUGCAGGGAAAGUAUCGAAUGUUCAGUGCGCACACUGUACAAAAACGCUUGAGAAUAAAGAAACACUUACCAUACACUAUAUUGCUGACCAUGCAGUGAAAAGUCGGUAUCUGUGUGGCGUUUGUGGCUUAGUUAAUAUGUCGUUAGCCAUAGUAAAAAGACAUGUUAAAAGCGCACACAAGGUGACCAAAUUAGCGGUUAUGGGCAAAUAUUCAACGGAUGGUACCUUUGAGCAUAUAGUUAUUGAAUCGAACAAAUCUACAAAAAAUACUCGAGCACCCAAGAGAAAACUUUCAUUGAAUAGUUCAUCUGAACCACAACCAAAGCUGAAACGUUACGGACCGCAGGAUAUUCAUUUGUUACCUAUCAACCCCAUACUCGAUGAUUUAGUGCAUUGCUCAGUGUGUAGUUUCAGUACAAAAGUCCGUUUGAACAUGGUUCGGCAUCUGCAGUUCCACGCGGAACAACAACCUGUGCCACAGAUGGCGCCGGUCAAUCCUGUUCCUCAUUUGGAAACGAACGAGAAACACUUUGACAAAAUGCUUAACCUCGCUUCCAGCUCUAUUAUCACUCGACUUCCCGAAAAAACUGCAAGAUCGGAAUCGACUCCAGUGGUGUCUACACUAAUUCCUCCCGAAGUAGCAUCCCGAUAUCCCAAGUACGUGCCCGAACGCCAGCGCCACACUUGCGGUGCUAAAGGUUGUUCAUACAUCUCUCUGGAUGAAGCCAUGCUCAGAUGUCAUUGGGAGACUUUACAUUCGGGAUCGAACGAUUUCCACUGCGUUCAUUGUCCACCUUAUCAACACUUGGAUACAUCCAAGCCUUUGACGGCUUCGAGGAUAAUAGCACAUCUGAAAAUGCACGACACGACCUUGUAUGCUUGUGUCUCAUGUCCAUACUACCAUUAUAAGAGGGCGGCAGUCGAGAAACAUCUAUCAGACGUCCACAAAGGUGGUCAAGUAUUAGUUGUUAGGGAGGAAACCACGUCUAUAGUUAACACGCAGCCUGUUCAGCCAGCUGCUGCUGCCCCAACUAUGGACUUGAAACCUUGGCAGUGUGGAUUAUGCAAAUUCAAGAGCAUGCUUCGACCAGAAGUCGUUGAGCAUUGUUCUAAGAUACAUCAGUCGAAAAUGCAGUUUAAGUGCGCAUAUUGUCCAUUCAGAACUUCGGCAUUGGAAAAUGUUACUAAACAUCAAGCGAAUGCGCAUGCAGGAAAAGUUGAGGAUAUUUUCUAUUAUUACUAUCGCGAAGGAUCAAUCCCCAAUGAUGCUAGUGGUAAUCCAAGGUGGUUGAUUCAGCGACAAAGGAGUGGCGUAACUGCUGAAGCUGAGGUUAAAACUGAGUACCCAGACCCUUCCCUGCCCAAGGAAUCAUUAAGUGCCCUUGAGUCACUGCAGCCACGGCUAAGUGUCGACCUCAAUAUAGUAAAGCAGGAAGUGGAUACAACACCUGCCACAGAGCUCACCAUGGAAGACCUCUGUAAGAAAUAUGGUAAUUUUUGUGACACAAAUGGCUUGAAAUACAAAUGUCCUCUAUGUAAGGUUGUAACGGAAGAUGACAAGGAAUCUAUACAAUCACAUUUAUAUGAAGAAUUACAGUACAGAAAAUGGGGCUGUGUUGUGUGUUCUUACAAAGCUUUCCAUAAGACUGGUCUACAGGAGCAUAUGUCUUCUGAACACCGUGGACAGUACCAGUCGCCAAUUGAACUGCCGGUCGAUAUCAAUAUUGAAAAUUGGGUAGCUGGAUUAAUUGAACAUCAAACCAAAGUGAUUGUGAAAAAUAAAGAGAAGUUGGCUAAACAGAGAAUACAGGCGCCCCCCGCGGUUCCUUCGACAUCCACUGUAUAUAAGACAACGGUAGCACCAAGUAACACGUCUAAAGCUAAUAUAAAGGAGCUUGAACAAGCCUUUGGAUCUUUCGGCGGGCCAAGCAACUCAUUAUUCAGUUGUCCAAAAUGUACUUUCAAAACUAACGACGAGGUUGCCAUGCAUGCUCAUUUGGAAAGUGAAUUGACCAAAAUUAGAUGGUGUUGCAGCAAGUGUUCAGAUAAUUUCCAAACGUAUCACGAAGUGCAGUUCCAUUGUAAGAGUGUACACGAUGGACAAUUUGCUCGGCCUAUAGAGGCUAUACGGGACCCCGUGAUGCGAGCAUCAUGGGUCACUACCGUGCUACAGGUGCAAAAAUUGAAUAUAAAAAGUCAACAUAUGGAAACCGUCGAGUCCUCACCAGAAAAAGCGGAUAUGGAUAACUCGGAAAAUUCAUUAUUAGUGGUCCGAUAUGAAGAAAAUGUCUCCAUGCCUGAAGUCGGUAGAAGGAAAAGACCGGCUCCAGCGCCAUCUCGUGACAGUGAUUUGGAAAGACAGUUUGUAAUUGAUGUAUCAUCUGAUAAUUCCACUGUGCCCAAGAAAUUAGAAGCGAAAUGUCCAUACUGCGACUACACAACAAGCUCUCGGCAUGGCCAUGAGAUAAAAACCCACAUUCUACGGCACUACAAUUUGAAACCGUACAAGUGCCCGUUUUGCAGUUACAACAGUCAAAGAGCUUUUGUUUUAAAGCAUAUCGAACAGAGACAUCCGAAUUUGCCGGUAUUCGCCACAACUGUCGACAUACCUAAUGAACCGCCUCUUGUUUUAAAGCUAUCAAAAUCUGGCAGUUCUGAUGAUAAACGUCAGACCAUGCCCUAUGCGCAAUCCCCGAAUGUUCCCAUAAAUAAUGUGUCUCCGAUGGAGUUGAAGACUCCAAUAAAGAGAGUUGCAAAGAAGUCCACUACUAAACUACCACCACAAAGGAUCGCAAAGAAAUCCACAACCAAAUUACCAUUCUAUGCCGAUUCUGAGCUCAAAGAGUAUUCCUAUUACGGAACAAAGCCGGACUCCCUCGAUAAAUUUGCAAAUGUAACGACACUUAUGUCAUUUUGUAAUAGAAUGAUGCCAUUUAAUAUAAAGAAACUCAGUGAAAUUAUAGAGAUUGAACCUAAGGUAUUAGUGAGAGAUAUCAAAGAUGGAACACAGUGAUUUGUGAUGGAUAUUGGUAGUGUUGUGAGUUUCAAGGGUAAUUAACAAUUGUCCUAGAUACUAUUUAAGGAAGUUUAG